UGAACAGUGUCCUUAUCUGUGUGUCUUUUCCACCCGGCGGUAAUUGGAGGUGGCGUCUGGCCAGUGAGAGUCUGAGGGGAUGUGGGAAACGGGACGGAGAGAGGGCAGGCUCUCUCACGGCGGGGAAACAUCUGCCGUGCUCAGCCUGCAGAAAGCCACCGUCUCCGCGGCUGCUUCGUGCAGUCAUGCCCGCUGGCUCCCGCUGAGAGGAGGACCCGACUCCCGCUGCCCCCGCUCCGCGCGCGCUGCUCCAGGUGUAACUGGCGCAGGGUUCUUCCACGCCAUGGCCCCCAGAAUGAAGAACAGAUGUCUGACUCUCCAAGCCUUCGCCCUCCUGCUUCUGCUCUCUCUCUGCACAGCCCAGCCGGAGGACAUGAGAUCCAGUUGCAGAACCGCUCCUAGCGAUUUAGUGUUUAUUCUAGAUGGUUCUUGGAGUGUGGCCGACACUAACUUUGAAAUAGUCAAGCGGUGGCUGGUGAACAUCACUACCCACUUCAACAUCGGGCAGAAGUUCACGCAGGUGGGCGUGAUCCAGUACAGCGAUGAACCCCACUUGCACAUCCCUCUGGGGAAUCACUACUCCGGCGAAGACCUGAUCGAGGCCAUGGAGGCCAUCGAGUACAUGGGCGGCAACACCAACACGGGGAAGGCCAUUCAGUUCGCCAGCGACCGGCUCUUCGCCACUUCCGAGCGCGCGCCCAACGGCGUGACGAAAAUCGCCGUGGUCCUCACGGACGGGAAGUCGCAGGACGAGGUGGCGGCGGCGGCCGAGGAAGUGCGGAAAACGGGCGUGAUCCUGUUCGCCAUCGGGGUGGGCGAAGAGGCGGAAGAGUGGCAGCUGAAAGCCAUCGCCAACAAGCCGGCCUCCACUUACGUCUUCUACGUGGAGGACUACAUCGCCAUCUCCAAAAUCCGCGAGGUGAUUCGACAAAAGCUGUGUGAAGAAAUUGUUUGCCCGGUAAGGAUCCCUGUAAACAGUCGCGAUGAGAAAGGCUUCGAUAUGUUGCUACAUUUGAACUUGGCCAAAAAAGCGAAAAAGACUCAAGGAUCUUUCUAUGGGACCAAAGCUUACCAGGUCACAUCACAUGUUGACUUGAGCGAAAGCACAAGGUCUUUGUUUCCUGACGGUCUACCUCCCUCCUACGUCUUUGUGGCCACGCUGAAGUACAAGGGCUCGGUUACCAUGGAGGAGUGGGAUUUGUGGAGGGUACAGACCAAAGGAGGGAGGCCACAGAUGGCCGUCACGCUGAACGGACUCUCCCGCACGGUCGUGUUCACCACCACCUCCAGCUCUUCGGCUGAUGCCACCCAGACAGUGGUGUUCACACAGUCUCCAGCCAAGAGACUCUUUGAUGAGCAGUGGCACCAGAUGCGCCUUCUGGUCACAGAACAAGAUGUCACGCUUUACGUUGAUGAUUUGGAGAUCCAAACUAUGGCUCUACGGGAUGUUCCUGAUGGUAUCUUCGUUAAUGGGAAGACACAAGUCGGAAAAUAUGUCAGCAAAGAAACAACUGUACCGUUUGAGAUCCAGAAACUGAGAAUCUAUUGCGAUCCUGAGCAGAAUUCCCGGGAGACAGCCUGCGAGAUCCCUGGAGUUUGUCUCAACGGGCCUGGAGACGUUGAAUUGGACCCCACACCAGAACCCUGCGCCUGCCCCCCUGGGCCUCCAGGACAGCAAGGCCUUGCGGGGAAAGCAGGAAUAAUUGGAAACCCAGGCCACCCAGGUCCUCCUGGUGCUGAGGGUAAGCCUGGAAUCCCUGGUGGAAGAGGCAGUCCUGGUCUCCAGGGUCUACCAGGCGUACAGGGCCAGCGAGGAGAGCCUGGCUUCCCUGGUGAAACGGGAGGGACUGGUGACUCGGGAAAGCCAGGUGUUCCUGGGUUACCUGGGCCCCAGGGACCUCCAGGUGAAAAGGGAUCUAUUGGCCUUCGAGGUGAUCAAGGAUUUCCAGGCAAAGCAGGAAAGAAUGGUGAAAAAGGAAGCAGAGGACUCGCAGGAACACCUGGCUAUCCUGGCCCACGCGGACACCCUGGGCUUGAUGGGAAGGAUGGAGUGCCAGGAAGCCACGGCCGGAAGGGAGAAGCUGGGACGCCUGGCAACCCUGGUAUGGAAGGGCGGGAGGGACUUCCAGGAAUGCGUGGCAUGCCGGGGAAUGAGGGCCGGACUGGACUCAAGGGUGAGCCUGGUUUGCCCGGAGAAAAGGGAUCCAGGGGUGCAGCAGGCUCAUCGGGUGAGAGGGGAGUUCCUGGGGAGUCAGGGACACAUGGACAACCUGGAUUGAAGGGAAGUAAAGGCGAUCGUGGUGAAUCAGGGCAGGCCGGCCUCCCGGGAACAGAGGGAAAACCAGGUGACCCAGGAAUGGCAGGCGAGCCAGGAAUCUCAGGCAGGCCAGGGAUGGAAGGACUUAAGGGAGACCAGGGUGACCAGGGCCAGGUGGGAAUUCAGGGGUCCAAAGGUGACAAAGGAGACCACGGCCAGCCAGGGGGUCAGGGAUCCACCGGUCUUCCUGGGCAGAAAGGAGAGAAAGGGCCCCCUGGAGAGGCAGGUCUGAGGGGCCAAGGUGGGCACCAGGGCUCCCCUGGGAUGCCAGGGCAGGUGGGCCCUUCUGGUCUCCGGGGACCGAGUGGACAAGUUGGCCCAGUGGGCCCGACUGGACCAACGGGGAGACCCGGUAGAGAGAUGUCGGAACAGCAGAUUCGGCAGAUUUGUCGCGAAGUUCUGAGGACGGAGAUCCCAUCUCUUUUAGGAUUCAGCCAGUCCAGAGGCUGUGACCGCUGCCAGUCCCGAGCUGGGGCCCCGGGCCCCCAAGGCCAGCCAGGCUCUACCGGACCCCGGGGACUGAGGGGGUUCCCUGGGAUGCCAGGCGGGGAUGGUCUGCGGGGGCAUCGAGGUCUACCAGGGCAGCCGGCUCCCCCAGGGAUGAAAGGGGACCCAGGAGAGAGAGGUGAAAAGGGAAGUCCAGGUCGGACACAUUUUGGGGAUCCAGGACCUCCUGGUCCACAAGGUCCAACGGGCCCCCCAGGGACCGGAAAACCAGGCUACCCUGGAAAGCCAGGCCCCCCGGGUCUGAACGGCAGUGAGGGAAAACCGGGCUACCCGGGGGGUCCAGGCCAGCCCGGUGUGUGUCACCCCUCCUUCUGCUACGGUGCAAUGGUCCGACAAGACCCCUUCAGGAAGGGCCCAAACUAUUGAGGGACCGACAGACAAAACCAGCUAGAAACCCCCCCCCCCCCCCCCCCUCCACCCUUACAUGGUGCUUUACUAACGAGAACAGGACAAAUCAAUCUUUCCCAUCUCAGGAAGAUCACCUUAUAGAAAUAUCUUCGCUCUACUCGUUGGGGACAAGUACCUCUUUUUGUGUAUUCAAAAAAUGAUGUGGAAACAGAAGCAGAAAUAGCAGUGCAUCCAUGGGAGUUUUUCUGUAAAUGUGGAAUUGCUGAGAGUGGAGGCUUCUUCCCUUCUGCAGCCAUCUCUCGCUGGGGCGUGAGAGUUUCUGGGUCUCCACAGUAAGGCUGUGACGAUGGGCGCACUGCAAAAAGCAAAAAACGAGUCAAUCUCAACAAGUAUUUUAGUCUUAUAUAGAGACUUAAAAUCUUAUUUCUAUUAUUUUCUAUUAUCCAUUUUUGCUAAAUAAGACAAGACCGAUUGCCAAUGAGGUAAGACUGUUUGAGAUCUGCCAAUGGGGUAAGAAUUUCACAAAAGAAUAGUGUCACUUGUCAAGCAAGCAGUAACUUAAAACAAGCUAAGAGAGAAACUUGAGAGAAAAAGAUAAGAUCUUAACUCUUAUUACAAGACUAAAAUGCUAAGACAAUUAUUUUGCAGUGAGACCUGCCACAGACAAACUACAAGCUUUUGGUUGUACACAUGAAACCAGAUAGUUGAUCAUUUGAAUGGUGAUCACUUAUGGGCUACUUGAAUUUGUAUUCAGGUGCUUGACAACAGAAAUUAGAAUGAAAAAAGACCUUCUCAUCAAUAGAGAUGAGUUUCUUCCCAACAUUCAUGAAGAGUCUUUCAUGAAAUUACACUCCAUGAAGGAGAGCCGUUCAUUAAAAAAAGCAUAAUAACAUUGAUAAUAUUACUUAUUAAUUCCAUGUGUGAGUGAAUGCAUUGAUGUCAUUAUUUAAGCAGCAGAAAUGGGAGUUUCAUACAGUGUUUGGCAGAGAGAGAAGCAGGACUCAGUUAUUCAAAUAUUCGGUGUCACCGCCAGAUAUUCUGUGAAGAAAAUGCAGCUCAAUAAAUGAUAGGCAGAUGUCAUCCCUGCUAUUCAUCGCGGUUCAUAAGGCUCUGUUCCUGGGGUAACUUCCCCUUCAGCCUCCAGCAAUGCUGCACCUUCAGCAUUCACCCCCCUCUCUGCUGCCCCCAGUGGCCACUCUCCCAUUUACAUUACAGAUAUUUAGCCGACACGUUUACCCAGAGUGACUUACAGUUGAUUAGACUAAACCAAUCCCCCCUGGAGUAAUAUGGGGUUUUAAGGGCCCGUCAGCUGCACAGACCUUACUGUGGCUGCAUUGGGACUUCCUGGUCCCAGUCAAGCACCUCAGCCGCAAGGCUAUAGGCUGCCCUUUAGUCAGACUGAUCAUUGCUAGCUGGCUUAUACAAAAAUGCAACUGCAAAGCAACAGCCAUUUCAAUUUCACGUGGGCCUUGCUAGAUUCUGCAUAAACUGAACAAGCUACCAGGAGCAGAUUCAUUUCCAGAGGAUUUUCUUUUUUUGCAUAAUUUAGUGAUGAAAUUGCAUAAUCUGCUGUAGAUCCAUUCAUUCAUUCAUUUGUUCAUUCUGUCAGCUUGCUUCUGUGAAUGCUCUCGCCAUUGCUAUGAACCUCAAUACAUUUCAAAUGCAAAAUUAUAGAAAUAAUAGUUUCUUGGCAAAAAUAUUGUUGCAACAGGAGGAUUCCUGGAAUAAUGUUAACUAAUCUGUGAUUAAUGUUUAGAAAUAGCUUCCUUUUUUGUAAAAGGUGUGCAUUUUUAGGGAUUUCAUUUGUACCGUGUAACGAUAUUUUUAAAGACCUUUUUUGUCCCCAUUUGUGCUGAUCACGUCUUUCUGACAUGGUAUGCUUUAUAAAAAUGUGCCUGUGAGCUGGCCAUGCUGUCCAUUAUUAUUUUUAUUGUUAUUUAUAGAAGUGAAAUUAUUGUGUACCGAGGAGCUCUAUCAGUGAAUGCAGCCUCCUGGUUUCCAUGUCUAAUUUUAUUAAGUUGUUUUGCGUUUACGUGACUUUUGUAUUGCUUUUGUGGCAUCAUUAAUAAAUAAUUUUUUAAUGAAA